AUGAGUGCAUUUUCGAGUAUUUUUGUUGGUUUACUGGUGGUGGUUUUGGUUGUUGAAAUUGUUCAUGGCGAUUUGAAAGGAGAUGUGAGUGAUGAGAAGUUGUUGCUUCGACGUCCUUUUCUUGGGAGGGGGAUUGGAGGGUUUAAGCAUGGGAUUGGUGGAGGAAUAGGUGCUGGUAUUGGAGGCGGCGGUGGCCUAGGAGGGGGUUUGGGAGGCGGAGGAGGACUUGGGGGUGGUCUAGGAGGAGGAGGGGGUUUGGGAGGCGGAGGAGGUCUUGGGGGUGGUCUAGGAGGAGGAGGGGGUUUGGGAGGCGGAGGAGGACUUGGGGGUGGUCUAGGAGGAGGAGGGGGUUUGGGAGGCGGAGGAGGUCUUGGGGGUGGUCUAGGAGGAGGAGGGGGUUUGGGAGGCGGCGGAGGUCUUGGGGGUGGUCUAGGAGGAGGAGGGGGUUUGGGAGGCGGAGGAGGUCUUGGGGGUGGUCUAGGAGGAGGAGGGGGUUUGGGAGGCGGCGCUGGUGGUGGAUUAGGUCAUGGAGGAGGUCUAGGGGGUGGCAUUGGACACGGUGGUGGUCUAGGAGGAGGGGGUGGAGCUGGUGGAGGGGGGGGUUUAGGAGGCGGCGCUGGUGGUGGAUUAGGUCAUGGAGGAGGUCUUGGAGGUGGCAUUGGGCACGGUGGUGGUCUAGGAGGAGGAGCUGGUGGAGGCUUAGGUGGGGGAGCUGGCGGUGGACUUGGUGGUGGAGGUGGAGCAGGCGGAGGUGGUGGACUUGGUGGUGGAGGUGGUUUGGGAGGUGGCGCAGGUGGAGGCUUAGGUGGUGGGGGCGGAUUAGGAGGGGGCGGCGGCUUAGGUGGUGGUGGUGGUGGCGGCGUUGGUGUUGGUGUCGGUGUUGGUGUUGGUGUUGGUGGAGGGUGA